CUAACAGGUCCCUGAACGUCUCAGUGAAUGGGUAUCUGCUGCAUAUGUUGCAGUGGUUUAGGAUUAUAAUAGGGGGGGGGGGUGUUAUUAUAAAAUCAUGCACGGUGCACCUUUAAUGAGCAAUACUCAAGCUAAAAACGGGUGAAUCUAUAAGGAAUGUGGACAUGUAGGUGUAUGACAUGCCAUGAGGGUCAAAGCUACGCUAUAUGAAACAGCAUGGAUCAUAAGAGAUUUUCCCUUCAGUACUUGACAGUGGUUUCCCCAGACUCCUCCAGAUCGACAGAGGAAGACGAGGUGAAGCCUUGGAGAUCAUUGUGUUCCCGUGUGAAGCUCGACAUUAGUCAAAGCCAUUAACUCAUCAUGGUUAACGACAUGGAGCUCAGGACGACUGACGGCGGCCGGGACCGGGCCCAGUUCUGGGAGGCGUUCCCCCCGGUGCAAAGAUUCAACUGGUCCGUCCUGCAGGAUGUGAAGCCCGUCGUCAGGCUGCCCAACAACAACUACGGCACACUGGCGACCAGCAGCGAUUAUCGAAGGAUCCACACGACGCUCCUGCAUGUGAUGGCCAGCAGCAGCUUCCUGGAGCAGAAGCUAGAGCGCUGCCUGAGGACCCAGAAGGCUUUCAUUGUCCUGGUGAUGGUCUUUGGGCUCCUGCUUCAACAAAAGAAACUAAGAAUCAAAGACCUCAGAAGGACUGAAGUGAAAACUAUUGGAAGUGGAUCAGAUGUCACUACAAUAUGCAGCAAUACUACACGGAUCACCAUCACACUUCUAGUGUGUCGGAUCAGAACAGAGAGGAGUGGAGACGAGUGUCGUCUGCUGUAUGAACAUGGAGGGGGCUUUGAGAGCGAGUGUGACUCCAGGUUCUCACUCAUGAUGGAGAAUCAGACUGUUUUUCUUCACCUGACCAGUUUAACACCAGUGGAUAGUGGGAACUACACCUGUGAAUGCACACACUCAGGGAACCACUACUCUCCGUCUGAAUAUCACUGUAGAAGAGGAUGAAGACGGCAGCAGUUCAACACAGAUGCAGAUUCCGAGUGUUUUGAUCGUCGUACCUACAGUCAUCGUUAUAACUGGAGUUCUCCUCGGGUUCAUCUACAGAGGAAUACGUCAUGGAAGACAACCACCGAGCAGUCGUCCAAACACGGAGCCAGAAGACAUAGAGCCGUACGGCACCUUCAUGCAGAAAGAGAGCGAGCUUUAUUCAACGCUCAGAAUAAAUGUCUGUGACACGAGUAACUCAAACAUGUCGACCACAGAGGACACAUUCAGGACAUGAUUAUAACAGCUGUUGUCCAGCAGGUGGCCCUGUUUAGCUUCCUGACUGUAUCCUUAGUAAGUUUAAAGUCUAAAAUGUUAAAUUACUCUUAUUAUGUUACACUGUAAUAAUGAUCAGAAUCAUCCAAUUAUUUUACAAAUAAACAGUUAAAACUAA